UAAAAAUAUUUAAUUUUGUCUCGUUUCGUCGUUCUUCCAUUUCUUCUUUCUUAUACCCAUCGAAUUGUCGUUUCCCCUCUUUCUCGGUGCACAGCCUUAAUUCAUAUCAACGUUCUCCGAUUGCGGAACAAUUUUGAUUCCAUCUGAUAAUUCUAAAUCACAAUUCGUCGGCAACGGCGUGAGGAAUUGAUCUCGGUUUCAGGCGGCUGCGUUUACGGGUACGCGGGAUUAAGAUUGACUCCAUAAUUUUCAGAUUAUUGGGAGGGGGCUGGUAUUACGGGAAUAAGGGGUUAUUCGCACAAGUUUUGGGGUUUUGUUGGUAUAUCAAUAGGUAAUUGUAUUUCUAGAUUAGGGAGGGUUUUUGGCGCGUUGGGUUUGGUUUGGCAAUAUGGCUGGGGCGGGAUUGCAGUUCAAUCGGAGUAGAUGCGGUGAAGAUUGGUUCUAUAGCGCGGCUAGGGCUCGAUUGAGUCAGGAAUGUUUGCGGAGAGCUCAGAGUGAUGUCACGUCGACGCGUUCUCGGAGCCGACUGGAGGAGUCGCCGGCAGAAAUUUUGAAGCAGGAAGUUACGACUUCACCGCCGUUUCCGGAACCCUCGCCGUUGUGUAAUUUGGAGAGGUUCCUGGAAUCAGUCACGCCUUCGGUACCGGCGCAGUACUUAUCUAAGACAAACUUGAGAGCUUGGAGAACGAGCAAUGUGGAUACCCAACCCUUUUUUGUGCUAGGAGACUUGUGGGAAUCCUUCAAGGAAUGGAGUGCCUAUGGUGUUGGAGUUCCCUUGAUAUUGAAUGAUCGUGAUGGCGUCAUUCAAUAUUAUGUUCCGUAUUUAUCCGGCAUUCAGUUAUAUGUAGAUCCAUCGAAGAGUACGGAGAGGUUAAGGCGACCUGGUGAAGAAAGCGAUGUUGAAUAUUUUAUGGAUUCUUGUAGUGAUGGAAGUAGUGAUAGCGACCACGAGAGAGGCAGCUUGAAUAAUUCUCGGGGGCAACUAGGUUAUAUCAAAACAAGCAACCCUACUCUUAGAGUAGAUCAAUUGUCGAGACAACAGCAUAUUGCUUAUCAAGAAGGGUUUUCAAGUGACGAAGGUGAAUCUGGAAAUUCCCGAAGUUGCUUAUUGUUUGAAUAUGUCGAACGAGACCCACCAUUUUGCAGGGAACCUCUAGCAAACAAGAUUUCUGAUCUUGCUGUUCUCUUCCCCGAACUAACGAGGCUUCGGAGCUGUGAUCUACUUCCAUCCAGUUGGAUUUCUGUUGCCUGGUACCCAAUUUACAGAAUUCCAACAGGUCCAACCCUCAAAGAUCUCGAUGCUUGCUUUUUAACCUACCAUUCGCUACAUACACCAUUGACUGAAAAUGAAAAACAUUCUCCAGCCGUGCCAUACCCGAUUGAGACAGAUGGUGUCCCACAGCUUUGGCUCCCGGCAUUUGGGCUGGCUUCCUAUAAAUACAGGGCUCAACUGUGGACUCCAAACACUGAUCGUCUGCGCCAACUGGCAAGCUCCCUCUUUCAAGCUGCAGAUAGUUGGCUAAAUAUGCUCCAGGUCCAUCAUCCCGAUUUUUCCUUCUUCUGCCGGAGAUAAAACCAAUUGUCUGGGGACGGGGGUUUGAUGACGUGGAUGGGAAUGGACUUGGACUUGAUCGUGUGGGAAAGGAUUGAAGUCAAUUCAUGGACUCAAUUUUUAAAUUCAAAAGAAAAAACACCUCAAAACAACAGAGAGAUCCUUUUUCCAUUCAAUCACUUUUAAAAUCCUUCAAUCUCAUUUGAUCUUGUAUACCACACACCGGGCGAAGGGAGGCCAUGGCCAUGGCCAUGGGAGUUUCGAUUCCCA